GCAAGCCGGGAAGCGGAAUCCGUGCAGUGGCCUGGAGACUGACCCCUCUCCCGGCCCCCAACCCCAGGGCACAGUGGGGCUCACGGGGGAGGCUGGAGAUUGAACUGACCAACACGAGCUGAGUCACGGGGCUUGGGGGGUGGGGCGGUGUGGGGAGCCGCGCGGCCUUGGGGCCCUGGCCGGCGGGUGAUGAGGCCCCCUCUCUCAGGCACAGCGGUACCUCAGCCCCGCUGGUGCCCAUCGAGGAAGUGGAGAACCCCGAGUUCAUGGGCAAAGGCGGAUUUGGCGCUGUCUUCCGGGCACAGCACAGGACUUGGGGGUUUGGAAGUGGCGGUGAAGAUCAUGAACUCCCCCAGUGCCCGAGGCCAGGGCCGCUCCUCUGCCGCCUGCUGCAGGACCUGGUGCUCGGGAUGUGCUACCUGCACAGCCAGAACCCCAUGCUUCUACACCAGGACCUCAAGCCCCCCAACGUCCUAUUGGACUCAGAGCUGCAUGCCAAGCUGGAAGAUUUGGACCUGUCCACGUUUCUGGGAGUCUCACAGACAGGGGCAGGAUCUGGGGAGUCAGGGAGCACCCCCGCUUACUUGGCCCCAGAACUGUUGGCUGAUAUAAACUGGAAGGCCUCCAUGGCCAGUGAUGUCUACAGCUUCGGGAUCCUAAUGUGGGCAGUGCUAGCCAGAAGAGAAGCUGAGAGUAAAACUCUAGGCAGACUCUGGGAUCCUUCACCUCAGGUGGCCUUCAUACUCUGGAUGUCUUCUCCUCACACCCACACCCCAGUAGUGGACCAUAAAUCACGCAGCAGGAAGCAGUGUGUGAGAGGCAGAUCCGGCCUGCAUUGACUGAGCUGCCCCAGUCUGGCCCUGAGAUCCUGGCUUGGAAGUACUGAAGGAUUUAAUGCAGCACUGCUGGAUCCAUGAGCCCCAGAAGAGACCCUCCUUCCAAGAAUGCCGACCAAACACCCAGAAAGUCCUCGAUCUGGUAAAGGAGUUCCUGUCUGAGCACAGGGGCAGCAGCAGGUUGUUGUCUGUCCUCAAGCCAGGCCCGGAAAGUACAGAAAAGGAU